AGCGUGCUGUAUCGCUGUGCUAUGAAUCGUCAAUGUACACCACUGCAACACGGACGAACUGAGGACAAAUCAUUCCACGUUAUACGAAAAAGAGAAGAAUAAGAGAAGCGGGGCAAUCUAAACGGCCAUAUUUUUCAAGUCUAACAGGAUAUCUGCAGGAGAGGCUCUUUAAAAUCUCUGCGCAGCGCUGCCUGUAUGAGGUGGACAGCCUUUCUGUGAGGUGCUCGGACAUAUCUGAAACAUUCAUAUCAAACUUCUCACGUGAGCGGCGGAUCUCGCGACUUACUAUAGAUAACAUGGAAUAGAAAGACUCCCAGAGAAUCCUAAUCACAUAUUUUGAUAUUUUCUGCAGAAUAACGUUAAAGGGGAAAAAACUGAUCUGUAACACAUCAGCAUCAAGCUCUAUAGUGGAUUGAAAGAAGGCACUCGAGAUGUCUGUACCGAAUGUGUUGGCAAAGGCCUUGUACGACAAUGUGGCAGAGUCUCCGGACGAGUUGUCCUUUCGGAAGGGGGACAUCAUGACUGUUCUGGAGCGGGACACACAGGGGCUAGAUGGCUGGUGGCUCUGUUCGCUGCAUGGUCGCCAAGGCAUCGUCCCCGGAAACCGCCUGAAAAUCCUUGUGGGCAUGUAUGAUAAACAGCAGCAGCAGCAGUUACAGCAGUCAUCACCCCAACCCAGCCCAGCCCAGAGCCACCUAAACCUGCCCCAAAGUGCUUUCAGCAAGCCCAUUCCUACCUCCCAGUACAUAGCCAUGCACCCUGCCUUUCCCUCCUCCAGUUCUGCCAACUCAACCAACCCUGACAGCAUCUAUAUGCUCCCCCCCAGCCAUAAUCUGCCUGCCUCCUCCAGCCUCUACCAGGUACCCACUGGCCCCCAGCCUCCACAACCCCAACCCAAAGCACCAGCUGUGGCACAGAAGCAAAGCCAGGCACAGUACCCUCCCAGUUCACAGGAUGUCUACCAGGUGCCGCCCUCCAUUAAUGUUUCAGGCCAGGAGAUUUACCAGGUGCCACCCACAGCAGGAGGGGCAUGUCCUGGGCAGGAUGUGUACCAGGUGCCACCCUCUGUGAACCAGACACAGGACAUUUACCAGAUUCCCCCUUCAAUUGAGAGGAACUGGGAUUCGCCUAAACCUAUUGGAAAGGUGGUUGUUCCCACACGGGUUGGCCAAGUUUACGUGUAUGACACAGGGAAAAAUGAACAGGAUGAAUAUGAUGUUCCCAGACAUCUGCCACCCACCCAGGACAUCUAUGACGUACCACCCACCCGCACCCAGUACAACCAACAGGUGUAUGAUACUCCACCCAUGGCUAUGAAAGGCCCACCCGGCAGAGAUGCACAGGAGAUCUAUGACAUUCCACCUAGUGUGGACAAGAGCCAACUGCUCUACCAACAAACGGUAUAUGAUAUUCCACCGUCUGUCAGCAAAGAUGUCCCAGAUGGUCCAAUCAGGGAGGAGACUUAUGAUGUUCCUCCUCACUUUGCCAAGAUGAAGGCCUAUGAGAAUCAAAACCAGGCCUAUCUGUCUCAGAUCCCUGGAGGUCUGGAACCUCCCAUACCAGAGGACGUCUAUGAUGUCCCUCCUCCUCAGCUAAUAGGAAAACGCCAACCUGAACCUAAGGAGAUCUACGACAUCCCUGCCAGCUUGCGCAAAGGUGGCCCACAGGACCAACACCCAGCGGAUGUUUAUGACUUCCCUCGCGAACGGCCAUCGGGCGAAGAUUCGGGUGACUACGUGUACGACGUGCCUCCACAGGUGGUACGCGAUGCAGCAGUCAAUGAGGAGCUUACAGUCAGCUUUAAACGACUAUCUGCCUCCAGCACGGGAAGCACUCGCAGUAACCUCUCCACAUCCUCUCUUGACAUGGUGCCUGUGCGGGAAUCUUCUGGAUCCAGCCGUCUGCUGCUCCUGGAUCUUGACCAGGCCAUGGAGCGGCUGUCCCAUCUACAGCAGGCUGUGGAGAGCUCUGUGUCCCUCCUCAUGUCGUUCAUCAGCGGGAAUUGGCGUAGUGCCACUCAGAUGGAGUCCAACCUCCCUGCAAUCAGACAGGCUGUGGAACGGAUUCGAGUUGCCAUCAGGGACCUUCUGGAAUUUGCUAGAGGUGCGGUGGCCAACGCCACCCAGGCCACUGACCGUACACUUCAGACCAAGCUGGGCAAGCAGGUGCUGAAGAUGGAAGAGGCCUUCCAAGGUCUCGUUAAGUACAGUCAGGCGCUGGACUCCAUGAGCUGGUCCCCCUCAGAUCUCAUGGCACCUCCUACAGGCACCGGUGGGGAUGACCUAGACCGGCUGGUAAUGUGUGCCCGUGGCGUGCCUGAUGACACCAAGCAGCUGGCGUCCUUUCUCCAUGGCAAUGCCUCUUUGCUCUUUAAACGGACAAACAAACAGCAGCAAUUGCCAUUGCCACCUGUACCUCACACUGGUGACAUGCUGACCAACAACAACAACAUCUCAGCAUAUCAGUCGGGCACACCUGAACGGGCCAGCAUCCAGUCUCGGCCACUACCCUCCGUUCCUAAAUUCACAGCUGAGGAAGAGACUCCAGACAGACCAUAUGAGACGACAGAGGAGGGCUGGAUGGAGGAUUACGACUAUGUGCAUUUACAGGGUAAAGAGGAGUUUGAAAAAAUCCAGAGACAGCUGUUGGAAAAAGGAAGCAUCAAACACAAUAAGACUAUUCUUGAACAGCAACAGCUAAAGCAGUUUGAGAGACUGGAGCAGGAGGUCUCCCGACCAAUCAACAAUGACAUUUCGGGCUGGACUCCGCCCUCUCACUACUCGCAGACACCUCGCAGUAAGCUGUGCAUGGGUGACCGGCAGCUGCUGCUCUUUUACAUGGAGCAGUGUGAAGCCAACAUCACCACGCUCACCAACGCCAUUGAUGCUUUCUUCUCAUCCAUUAACAACAACCAGCCACCCAAGAUCUUUGUCGCCCACAGCAAGUUCGUCAUCCUCAGCGCACACAAGCUUGUUUUCAUUGGAGACACGCUCUCUAGACAAGCUAAGUCUCCUGAGGUGCGUGCCAGGGUGGCCCAGCACAGCAAUACGCUCUGCGAGAAGCUCAAAGACAUUGUGGUUAGCACCAAGAAUGCAGCCCUGCAGUACCCUUCACCAGGUGCUGCAAGAGACAUGACGGAGAGAGUGCAGGAGCUUGCAGGUUGCACUCAGCAGUUUCGCAUGGCACUCAAUCAGCUACUGGCCAUGUGAGUUCAGAGGCAAAGGAGUGAACAGGCCCUGGGACAAUACACGCACAUAGCCUCCGUAAGACUCACAGGACAAGCACACCCUGUGCCAUGAGCGUUUUAUUUCCAGAAAGGACACAGAUGAUUAAUUGGCAAUUAAACUGUUGGUUGUAAAUGAAUCAUUGUAAAUAUUUAAGUUGCUGUAUGUUGGGGAUAAUGUAAUGGGGCAAAGAGAGGACAAACUUUUACUCUUGUGUUGUUUUGAACAAGGGAGAAGAAAGAAAAGGAUAAUAUCUAAAAAGUGUUUUUAAGACAUUAUGCAUUAUUAUAGCUAUACUGUAAUUAUUGCUCUGAUUAUUAUUAAGAGAUGUUGACUAAAGGUGUUAAAAAUUUUAAAUUACAACAAUUUCCCACCAAAAAUCAACAUUGGAGGAUUUGUUUUUAUGAAUUGUGCCUGCUGGAAUCAAAAAAAAGGGCAACAAUUACAAGUUUAUCCUCAAGCUGUUGCUGUUGUUCAAAGAGGUUGGGAGGGUGUGGACACAAAGCAUGCUGGGAGUGAGCUGACUGUGAAAUAUAAUAUUCUUAUUUACUGUUAGACUGUGGGUUUUGUCAAGAGACUUUAACAUACACAUCUCUAUGUUCUUGGGAUAAGAUGAUUUAUCUAAGCAAAAAGCCAAACCAUCUAUUUACCAUCACAAAGCGAAUGAGAGCUGUGGAGAACAAAAUAUCCAAAUUGGACCAUGUUGGAAAACAGCUGUGUAAAAA